AUGCACCCUCUCAUUCUCCCGGCUGUCAUCUUCGCGACCAACGUUGCCGCUCAAGCAGAAAAUACGUACACUGCGACAGCAACUAGCGAUGUUGAGAAGGCUAGAGCUACGGCGAUAACCCUCAGCCCUACUAGCAAUGUUAAGGGAAAGGCCUUUGACCGACUCGCCAUCAUAUGGUUGGAGAAUACCGACUACGAUAUGGCAUUGGGUGAUCCAAACUUAGCAUGGUUAGCCAAGAGAGGCAUAACGCUCUCUAACUACCACGCAGUGACGCACCCCUCGCAGCCGAAUUACAUCGCUGCUGUCGGCGGUGACUAUUUCGGGAUGCAGCACGAUGACUUCACGCAAGUCGACAAGAAUGUUUCCACCAUUAUCGACCUACUCGAGGACAAGGGUAUUUCAUGGGGCGAGUAUCAGGAAGACAUGCCGUACAGCGGCUUCGAAGGCAUCGCGUAUAUCAACCAGAAAAACGGCAAAAACGACUACGUCCGGAAGCACAACCCGGCCGUCAGUUAUGACGCAAAUGCUCGCCUGAUCGACCGUCUGGCCGUCAUCAAGAACCUGACCACAUUCUACCAAGACCUCGAGAACGAGACUCUCCCGCAAUGGAUGUUCAUCACUCCCAACAUGACAAGCGACGGCCACGAUACCGACGUGACCGUCUCCGGGACCUGGACCCGGACCUUCCUGGAGCCCCUCCUCUCCGACAAGCGCUUCAUGCAAAACACCUUGGUAGUAAUUACUUUCGACGAGAACGAGACCUACUCGAUCCAAAACCGUAUCCUAGCCAUCCUAAUUGGCGACGCCGUGCCUGCCGAUUUAGUUGGCACCACGGACGACUCAUAUUACAACCACUAUAGCGAGAUCGCGACCGCCGAAGCAAACUGGGACCUACAUACGCUCGGGCGCUUCGACGUCGGCGCGAACGUAUUCAAAUUCGUCGCCGAGAAGACAGGGGAUACCGUACGCUCUUGGAACGGCGAUAUUUCGCUUUCAGACAUGUAUUUUAACUACUCGUACGCUGGUCCGUUGAAUGAUGAGGGCGGCAACAAGCGAUACCCGGCGCCGAACUUGGUCGAUGCGAGCGACUUGCACAACCGUACCAUACUGCCUAGUAUCAAGGAAGCGUGGGAGGGGAAUUCAGCGUCGGUGUACUAUUCUUCGAGCCUAGAGACUCCAGAUGGACAGCAUCCGCCAAAGGGGUAUGUACCGAGCGAGUAG